UCGGCACAAAAGUAAAAUUGACGCAGAUUUCGUUUCGAUUAAAAUUACGUAAAAAUAAAUACAAACAGGACCAGCGUGGUAUUUCAUCGGUUCUCAAGCCAUUGGAUAAGUGAUUUACGUGCUUAAAAUGCUCAGGUUGGUUCUGAAAACGAGUCUUGCUGGCGGUGCUGUCUACUACAGCAAGGAAGAAGGUAUCUGGAACGAAGACACUGAAAAGGUCUAUGAGCGGUACGCGGCGGCACUCCACCCGCACGUGCAGUCUGUGAAGCAACAAAUUCCCCUGGAUAUACCGGCACUUCCAUCCAGCGGAGAACUAUGCUUCGUCACGAAACACUACUACAACGAGGGGGUUAAAAAUACGAUCAAUUUCAUCCACCGACUUCCCUGUUACGCCGGACAAUGGGCGAAGAAGGGCUCGGAUGCAAUAAAACAGGCACUGGAUGCUCCAGCGGCGCAGCCUGUCGAAGCUACGCCAGCCCCGGCUAAAAAGUAAAUUAUUUAACUGAUAAAACUGUUAAUUGGCUACAAUCAAAUAAACAGCGGAAAAUAAAAACAACGUAGUCGUCGCUGCAGCGUGGUGCUGAGCUAAAUGGUCUAAAAUCGAUACGAUAAUUUCGGAUACACAGACACAGCAUAUAAGACAACGAGCAUAUUUCAGACACAUUUAUUUUUGUAUCUGAUCUGUUUUAAAUGAAAUAUGCGACAAAAAAACAAACCUAUUACGAAAUGUAAAAAAGGGCUUUGAGAAUGUUCUACAACGUGUUGCAACAAGGACCCGGUUAGUAACGAACAAAGGUAAAGGCAAAACCCCUUCCGACUGAAGAACCACUUUUCUUUUCAACAAAUCAGGAUGCAUCCAUUGAUACAAGCUAUAGAAGUAUGAACACAGUUUACGAGUG